AUGGCCACCAAAAUAUUGAAUACAGCAGCUCAAGUAUAUCUUUUUUUUCGUAAAGGAGGCAAGUAGGUCUCAUCUGAAAGAACUCUCCAAGACUUCUCCAAAGAUACCGAAAAACUUCUAUGUGUUCUGGUUACCGAAGCAUUGAAUGUUAACCAGUUGGUUUAAAAAUAACACACAUUGCACCCCUAUAGCCUCAUAAAGACAGAAAAUAUAAACCUGAAACUCCCCAUAGGCUCAUUCUUCAGAUGGCUCUUUCUCUGUGCCAAACUUAAAAGAAAUCAAAGCAUGUGGUGCUGAAAAGUGCUUCUUCAUUGAUUUCAUAUGGAAUUCCCGAACUGAUUCUUUGUCUUGUGUCUAGCUUUCAGUGGAGUUUGGCAGUAUCCAAUUGGCAAUAGAGGAGGAAUCCAGUACUUUUCCAGCAUUUCUCCUGGUAAGAAUCACACUCAUCCAUCAUGAAGUUUAUGUCACGGUUCUCACCUGAUAGACAGACGGCAAGACGUGGUCGCUCUUGGAGUUCCCAACAGGGGACUUGAACCGGGGAUCUUCUCAGUCCUGGUCCUGCUUUCUACCUCUGAGCCACAGCAGCUAUUUACAGUGAAGACUGAUUCCAAUCCUGUUCAUCCUGACAUGGCUACUACUCUGGGGGCUGCACCUUGACUUGGCUGUGUUUCACCUGACUCUGAUCAGUCAUCAGCAGGGUAUAUAAACCCAGCCUCGCCCUGUGCUCAGUGUCAAGUCCUUGAUCCUGUUUGUUCCAGUGUUUCUGUUUCAUCGCUUCGCAUUAUUGACCCCGGCUUCCUGACUCGUUUAUUCUGACUUCUGGCAUCCCUUGACUUCGGCUACUCCUCGUUGUUCCUGUCCUCUGGCAUCCUUUGACCUCGGCUAUCCCUCGACCAUCCUGCUGGUUCAGUCCUUGCCUGUCCUGCGUAUUGGUACUGCAUCCUGCACAGCCCCCGUGCACAGACCCACAGGCCAGGUGAAUUCUUACCUGACCACCUCGGCCUGUGGCUAUCUGCAAGGGUGAGCAUCAUAUCUGCGCUACAGACUCCCAACUCAGGUAAGACCCUGACAUAAGGACUUGACCAUUAUGGAGUCCGCAGAGAUGUGCUCACCCUCGACCCAGCGUGUGUCCAGCCUGGCCCAGACUGUUUCGGAGCUGCAGCAAGAAAUUUUAUUCCUUAAAGGCGCAGUACAUCCAGCCCCGGAACCAGCUUUUCCUGAACCGUUUGUCAUCAUGCCCGACCGAUUUGAUGGUAGCCGCACAUCCUUUCAGUCUUUCAAGAUGGAUUGUGAGGUGUUGUUUUCCUUAAAGCCUCGAACAUAUGCCACAGAAUUCAUCAGGGUCAGAGCGGCUAUCAACCUGUUGUCUGGACGCAUCAAAGUUUGGGCUCACCAAAUGUUGCAGACGAAGAGUCCUGUCCUGGUCAGCUGGGAAUCCUUUAGUACUGCUAUGGACUCACAAUGUAAGACCACUGUGGCCAAGUCAGCUCCACGUACUAAAAAAUCUCAGACUCUUCCUAACCAAGAAACCGAGUACCACCACUACGCCCCAGAAAUGCCUCCUUAUGUUCCAGCUCCCAGGAAAACUCCAGAGGUAUCCGGUGUUCCACUUGACCCUGUGGAACCUAUGCAAUUAGGACUCGUCCACUGCAAAGUGACACCUAAGGAAAAAGACCGAAGGAGAAGCUAUGGCCUAUGUUAUUACUGUGGAGAAAAAGGGCACUUCAUCACGCUUUGUCCUGUUCGCCCUCCUAGACCUCCAGCUCUCCGACUUGGUACUAGUUUCCUUCGCCCUGUGUACACCGCAUACCAGCCUAAAAAGCCAAAUAGAAGCCGUUGUGCUUGCACAUGCUUGGCUUCCGCGAGAAAACCUCCAUCCCCUGCUCCAGAGCCUCCUGCAUCUACUCCCGAAGUUGCUUCCUGUGAUACCACCACUACUUCCUGCCCGCCCGAAGAGGUUUUACCUGUGGAUUGUGCCGUUACUUCUAAUGGCACUAUAGUCCGUAAAGAAGACCUUGAUAUGUUCGAAAAAGCAUUGUUAGCUGCGAACACUGCUCCUGCCAAAGUUUUGGAAGUGCUUGCCACCUGUACCCGGAACCUAAAAGACCUGGACAAUUCUCCAGCCGUACCAGAAGCUGGUACUGCGGACUCCCAAGCUGUAAAGGGAAUCCUUGCUGGGGAGUUUGACUAUGGGGACUCACUGGAUUCAGAUAGUGACCCUGGAGAGGUGUACUAUGCUGACAAUGAACCCAUUCACGCCCGGAGGUCGUUUUUAAAGGGGGGGGUACUGUCACGGUUCUCACCUGAUAGACAGACGGCAAGACGUGGUCGCUCUUGGAGUUCCCAACAGGGGACUUGAACCGGGGAUCUUCUCAGUCCUGGUCCUGCUUUCUACCUCUGAGCCACAGCAGCUAUUUACAGUGAAGACUGAUUCCAAUCCUGUUCAUCCUGACAUGGCUACUACUCUGGGGGCUGCACCUUGACUUGGCUGUGUUUCACCUGACUCUGAUCAGUCAUCAGCAGGGUAUAUAAACCCAGCCUCGCCCUGUGCUCAGUGUCAAGUCCUUGAUCCUGUUUGUUCCAGUGUUUCUGUUUCAUCGCUUCGCAUUAUUGACCCCGGCUUCCUGACUCGUUUAUUCUGACUUCUGGCAUCCCUUGACUUCGGCUACUCCUCGUUGUUCCUGUCCUCUGGCAUCCUUUGACCUCGGCUAUCCCUCGACCAUCCUGCUGGUUCAGUCCUUGCCUGUCCUGCGUAUUGGUACUGCAUCCUGCACAGCCCCCGUGCACAGACCCACAGGCCAGGUGAAUUCUUACCUGACCACCUCGGCCUGUGGCUAUCUGCAAGGGUGAGCAUCAUAUCUGCGCUACAGACUCCCAACUCAGGUAAGACCCUGACAGUUUAUUCUUUUUUUGUGUUUUGUUUUUAUUUAGCCAGUUAAACACAGUCACAUUUAUUUACUAAAGUAAGAAUUGUUGGGAAUUCAAAGUGAAUUUCACAUUUAAAGACCCAUUAUAGACAAGGCAGUGGUCUGGGUGAAGUGGCCCUGUCGUUUUAAUCCUGCAAUGUAAAACUGGAGUUUUUUUGUAGAUAUGGUAGUGUUUACAUUGCAGGGCUAAACACACCUCUAGUGGCUUUCUUCCUGACCACCAUUAAAGGAUGCUUCCACUGCUACGACUGAAUCAAACUCAGUUAUUUGAUGUUUAGUGUCCUCCGCACUCAACGAAUGUUAUUGUUAGAUUGCAAUGCACAGUCUGAAUGACUGCAACAACGGAUUUUUCCAAGACUGUUUAAUUUUAAUUUUUGCUCGCUUAGUUUAAUAGAGGGUUUGACAAAUUUGCUUGGAAUCUAGGAACGAGCCAAAAAAAAGUUAGGAGCCAUUUUUUUUUUAAACCAACAAGUUUAUAUUCAACAGCAAAAAUACAAUUCUUAAAAGGAUACAAUAGUCACCAAAACCACUAUAGCUAAAUUUUCUCUACUAUUUCUGUGUAUCUGAGGAUAUUAAAAUAAGAUUUCCAUGUCAAUUACGUAAUUUAUCCAUUAUUAAUUGCUUUUGGUAUGGAGGGGAGGUGUGAAUUUUAAGUUUACUUUCAGGUUGUGAGACGAAAAAGGUUAAUAACCCUGAUAUAGAAUAACUCCAGAAACCUACUAGUCUGUUACUUGGAAGGAAGUUUUGGUUGUGUGGUUAUAGUACUCUUCUAAGAGCAACAGGGACAUUGCACCAAGUCCACUUCAAUUAGCGUAAGUGACUAUAGUGUCUUUUUAAGGCAUGGCAUUAAAACUCCAAGAGGAGUACUGGCAACCCCAACCUUGUGGAGACCCAGCACAUCGGAAAGUUGAACUCUAACAUGUUUAAAAUGUAAUCAUUUAGCAGUUAAAACUUGUACUACAGGGUUCGCGAGCAGUAAAAACAAUAUAUUUCAUAACUCAAACAGAGGGAAUCUGAUCAUCUCUCGACUCAUUUGUUUCAAUAUGGGGAAGAGGUCUAAGAAACCCACUCAGGAGACGGCAAAAGACGGAUCGGGGAUCUCUUCAUGGCGGGCCUAAAACUAAAAUGGCUGCAGUGCUAGAUUCCCGGAGUUCAUACACGGAGGAGUGUGGCGAAACCAACCUCGCCACUGUGAACUGGAGAAGCCUGGUUGCUCGCCUGCUCCCUUUGGACUAUGGCCCUGCAGGUUAAACCGUUUAUUUCCCCUGCAUAAAGGCUUAUUUGUGUGAUCUGAGUGCCAUUCAUCUAAUAAUGUGCACUCAGAUCCCAGCUAUCUGGGGAUAUGUGAAAUGUCUGUGUGUUAUGUGUAAAAUGUGACUUUAUGUAUUUUAAAGUGUUUUGUGUCUUUUUGCAACCAUGUGCUUAAUGGAGUCUUGUGUCUAUCCUGGGAGAUAAUUGAAUUACUCUCCAGGAUAGAAGACUCUGAAACUGGUUUGGGCCAGAAAGCCAUGCUUCAUUUAGUCACAAAGGACUUUCCCUUAACUUUUGAACCCCUGGUCUGAUUCGUGCCAUUUUUUUAUAUGUUGUUCCCCUGAAUGGAUUGAUUAUGAAAAUGUAUGUUUUAUGUUUGUGACAUGUAUAUUUUAGAAGUUAGAAAUAUUGUGUAAAAACUGUAUUCCUCUGCCGGUGAUAAUGAGAUUACCCAUUGUGUUCAGUAAUCAUAUCACCUGCAGAGGGGAGGAUUUUGUGUGGGAGUGUCUGGGUGUAUUGUACGGAUUGAUUGGUUGUUUUGUAACGCCCUGUGGGCUGUACUAUGUUUGUGGAUUGGGAAUAAAAGAGACUGUAUGUAACAGUACAGGGAGUUCCUGUUUUAACCCUCAAAGUGAAGUGUCGUCUCAUUAUUGGGGGAAGGAUUUACUGUAUGCUGUUCCAGUUUGACUGCUAGGAGAGUAAACCUAUUCGUAUGGUUCCUAUUCAACGGUCUACAGCAUUCAUAUGCUUGGGAGAAUUUAUUUGUUUCUCCGGUUCGGUGAUUGUGGUGUCUGCCAGAGUGCUUGGAGUCCUCAGGAAGCGCUUGGAGCAUCCUUCAACGGAGGUACCCAGUCGGGGUGCCAGGCGAUCCGUUACAAGGAGAAACCCUUGGAUGCCCCUGACCACAUACCUAAGGCCGAGGAUCCUCUUCCUACAGAAUUACUGGGGGACCUGAGGGCUCCAGCAACUAAGGGAGACAUCUUAGACCUCCUGAAAAACAUACGCGUCUGGUUCUGAGUGGACAUCGCAGUACUGCAAGAAGAGAUGACCACAGUCACAGACCGGUUGAAAACUGCAGAGAAAUAUACUGUACGUCAAGUGGGCAGAGCCGAAAAAUUUCAGCAACUACAGUUUUCACUCCAGGCCUUGCAGACUAGACUGGAUACACUAGACGACGCAAGGCGAUGGAAUAACAUCAAAAUAUGUAGCAUAGCAAACCCAUAGAUGACAGGGAGCUGCCACACUUCCUCCGAUGCCUCCUCUCUGCUAUCCUGCACCCCAGACUAGCCAAACAUACACCCGUGGAGGGGUCUUAGGGGCUUCUUAAGUCCGCGGGGCUCUAGCGGCUGCAUCCUGCGAUGUUCUACUUCGCUUCCAAUCCUUUCGUGACAAGAUGGCGGUGGUACACACGCUUAAAAACGAAGACAUACAGCUCACCUUCCUGCAGGAUUUAUGCGGGACACUCUGGCCCUGUGAGAAGUCAGUAUCAAGUACCGAUGGGACCCAUCUCGCACCCUUCUGGUCACCAAGUGAGAUUCCACCUUCUGACUCAACUCCCUGGAUGACAUGGGCUCCUUCCUGAGAAGCUUGGGGCUGGACCAGUCUAACCCACACACCGCAUCUGCAGGGUGCUGCUGGGACGUUCCCAAUAUUGUCCCCUUUGUACCUUGCCCCGCAGUAUAUACAGGCUGAGACUAUCCUGUCAUCCUUUGGAUGCAACAAGACCCUCCACCAUGGAGAGUGAAGUCAGAAUCUCACUGUAAAUGCUGUUUUAAUGUUCUCACAUUAUAAUAUUAAGUUACGAUAUUUUUAGUUUUGUUUGGUUGCUCCUCCUCCCCUCCAGACACCACCAAAUCAGACCCGCAUACCCCCCCUGUGCUCAGGGGUAAUUGAGUGCAGUAAAUAAUUGCCUUCUGGUCAUGGUAGUACAUAAAUCAUUAGUCCUUCAUUCCAUUCCAGUAUAAAUGCUACCUAUUCUCUUAAUUUUUAUAGUUCUAACUACUUCUUCAGGGUUAUUCUUAGUCUGAGAACCAUAUAACCACUGACCUCCAUCAGGAGGGCCCUUCACCCUUUAGUAGCCCACCUAUAAAAAGACCAUGUCUGUUUAGACUAUUUUGCCUAUUUUUAUUAUAACAAAAAUAAAAAAUCCCUUGCACAUACCUCCCUGAUCUAGCAAUGUGUUUUGUGCUGAUUGAUGCGUUUCCUUCAUGUUAUACCUUUUUAUGCUUAUACACUUACUAUUGUCCUUCCUACGUUGUACGGCAUGAAGGGAGCAGGGUAUAAAUAAAGAAUAAAAAAAUAAAAACUUGUACUACAUAGGACUAGAACAAUAAGAUAGGCAUUUUUUGUGUGGUUUUUCUUUUUGACACUUAGCACAUUUCUUUGUGGGUUAUUUAGCAAGAAAUUACAGCAAUUUAGGGCUUUAAAAUAUGUAAUAUUAGAAUCUGUGAACAUAUCUUUUGUGAAUAUUUAAAUUAAAAUAAAUAAAGUGUAAUGUGUUAAAUUACCUGUUGAUAUGAAGGACGAAGCACCAUGACCCAAUGUGUGAAAGUUAUGUAUCUAGUGUGGCUACUCUGAAUGUUCUUUUAUUUAAUUUCAUUAUACCCUAUAGUUUUAUACUUUGGUAGCAAUGUUAGUGUUUAAUGUAUACCUACAAUAUUUAUUAAUAUUUAUAAUGUGUAGACAUUAUGCCAGUGAAGUGGUCUGUGUGCAGUGUUCCUAUCUUUUUAACCCUGCAAUGAAAAACAUUGUGUUUUGUAGGAACAGCAAGCAAUGUUUUCUUUGCAAAGUUAACACACCUUUAGUGACUGUCUUCCUGACAAACACUAGAGGUGCUUCUACUACUAUAGCUGAUUAAAGCUUGGUUAUAGACCAAAUGCUUCUCAGAGCUGCAUUGCAAUAUAUUGGGUGUGAUCAUUAAUAUUGUUAAUCUCAGGGUGGGAGGCGUAGUGGCUCGGUAAGGGAAGAAUGGUUAAUAAAAUCUUUCAAGCCCUCACAUAGCGGAAUACCUAAAUAAGUAGGGGAACACUAUAGCAUUAGGAAUAUAUGUUUGUAAUUACAUUUAUUACCAUACAUUGUAUAUAUAAUUAAUGUGAGACGUGGCGGGGACCCCCCUGUAUCUAGUGUGUUUGUUGGCUUUCCUCUGCAGCUCCAGAUUCAGAGUCGUACAUGGAGGAUAAUGAAAUCGAAAGAAUCAUUCUCGAUCAUGACAUUGGAAGUCCACACUCGAAUUCACACUCUAGGUCUGGUCUUUGUGGUAAGUCCUCUGGAAUUUCUGUUUAUACAGUGAAGACUGCAACAGAAUAUUUUGAGGAAAUUUUGUUUUUCAGGAGAUUUAAAAAUAACUUAAUAACAAUCCUCUCAACAUGGCAAAUAUGGAAAACUGUAUUAAUUUGCAGAAAUUGGUACAACUACAACACUGCCCAUUGAGUCAAUGAAAUUAAAGGAUGAGUUUUUACUAAAAGAUCCUUCAACUUGUGUACAUGGUGUGUACUUUGCACACACUAAACUUAGAUAGACAUUUCUGUGAGUGCAUUGAGUGCAUGAUAUAAUCUGUUUUUCUAUGUGACAGGAGACAACAUGUUCUGUGUAAGCAUGAAUGUUUUUACAAUGAAGCCGACAAGUCCUGGGUCUAGGUUGGCAGGUUUAAUAAGGCACAGAUUUUGAGCUCUUUUUCCAUAGAUAGAUUGAUUUGCCUACCUCCUUCCUUCUAACACCUCUUCCCUAAUAUGGUGCCUGCCUUCCUUUGCUUAUCAACACUUGGGCUGUUUGGGAGCCCUUCUGCACUCAGCUUCUCCUCCAGACAGUGUGACUCCAUGAAACUCACACUUAGACUCAGCUAGGCCUCCAGUAAUACACUGCUUAUUGUUUUAAAGUGAGCUUGUAACGGAUCACCUGGCACCCCGACUGGUUACCUCCGUUGAAGGAUGCUCCUAGCGCUUUCUGAGGACUCCAAGCACUGCAGCAGACACCAAAACCACCGAACCGUAGGAGCAUAUGAAUGCUCUCAAGCAUAUGAAUGUUGUAUACAGCCGAAUAGGAAAAACCAUGCGAAUAGGUUUACACUCCUAGCAGUCAAACUGGAACAGCAUACAAUAAAUCCUCCCCCAAUAAUGAGACGACACUUCACUUUGAGGGUUAAGCAGGAACUCCCUGGACUGGCACAUACAGCCUCUUUUAUUCCCAAUCCACAAAUUUAGUACUGCCCACAGGGUUUUACAUAACAACCAAUAACACACGUACAUUACAGAAAGACACUCCCACACAAAAUCCUCCCCUCUGGCUGUGAUAUGAUUACUGACCACAAUGGUGAAUCUAAUUAUCACAGCCAGAGAAAUACAGUUUUUCCACAUUAUUCAUAACUUGAAAAGUAUGCAUCACAUUCAUAUAAAACUUACAUUGUCAUACUCCAAAUACAAACAUAUGUCAAAAUCAUACAUAUUGGUCCAGUGGUUCAAAAGUUAAGGAAAAGUCCUAUUUGACCAAAUGCAGCAUGGCUUUUCUGCCCAAAACCAGUUCCACAGAGUCUUCUAUCCUGGAGAUAAUUGGGGAAGUAAUCCAAUUAUCUCCAGGACAGAGGCAAAACUCCAUUAGCCACAUGGCAGCAAAAGACAAUAAAACACAUAAAAACAUAUAACUGUGCAGCCAUUGCACAAAACAGGUACAUUCAACAUAUCCCCAGAUAGCUCAGAUCUGAGCGCACAUUAUUACUGAAUGGCGCUCAGAGCAUACACAUACAGUUCAAUUGCCAUGGAGCCAAAGUCUUUCCCAUAGUCUUUCAUUAUACAAAUGGGCUCCCUGGCAUAGCUAUCUGGGUAACACUGCUCACAUAGGGAAAGUACCGAAAGACCCAGCUUUUGGGUCUUUGCAGGGGAAAAUCCAUCCUUUCAACAUGGGGCCAUAGUCACAGGGCAGGAGGCCGGCAAUCAGUCUUCUCCAAUGCCCAGUGGCGAGGCUGGUUCCGCCACACUUAGCAAUAUUAACUAGCCACAGAGAUGUUGGUUUUUAUUUAAUUGAUCUGAUCAACCUAUUGCAGCAUUAAUCAGCUGGCAAAGCUUUAAAAGAGCUGACCAUUCAAGGAAAAACGAAGAAACCUCUAAUGAGGACAGAAAAUCAUUAAAUGAAAAUAGUACCCAAGAGCUCUCACUGCUAAAAAAGGUAGUCACCGUUACCGGCUGACAUCGAUGUUGGAGGCUUCCUCGUCCCUGCAAUCGCUGGGACUUGCACCUACUUGACCUGUCUAUCAAUGUAACUUGGCCAAUGUGGUGGUCUUCACCCCGUCUGGAUCCAUGGCCCCUGGCUUAUUUAGCAUUGCAAUUUAUUUUGCUUUCAUCUGGAGCACGAAGAGUUGAUGGUGAACUUUUGGGUUUUAACUGCCUUGCUCCGUUCGCUGUACUGCUGAUUGUUUGAAUUUAAUUUUACUUUAGCUUUCCUUUGUGUCACAUCACUUACCUAGAAAUGGGAACUUAACCUAUCGGGUUCUUAGCUGUUCCUCCUACUUACCUUACCCUUUAUGUGUUUGGGCUAUGCCCUGUGAGUAACCAAGCUCGCCCACAGCCAGGUGCUGACUCUUCUUUCCCCCCCCUCGAGGAGCUGAGUCUCGACGGAAGUGAGAGUCUGGUGCGUAUGACACAGCCAGCCCCGGGCUCUGAAUGA